AUGAAGUGCUUCCAUUUCUCCAACGGAGGAUCAGAGAAACGAGCAGUAGUAGGAGAAGACGAAGAAGGUUCAGCAUCAAGCUCAAGAGGUUCACGCGUCUCAUGGGCUCGUUCCCUAAGCUUAAUGGACUCACGCCGUUCUGAAUACGACUCCGAUUCAAGAGACUUCUCCGACACGGUUGGAUUCCAUGAGUUUCUCUCUCAACGCCGAGCUAACCAUCUGGUUCUCUUCUCUUUCUCUGACCUUAAAACCGCCACUCGUGGCUUCAAUAGAGCUCUCUUAAUCGGUGAAGGUGGCUUCGGUUCUGUCUAUAGAGGAACCCUAAAUCAUCAUUCUCAUAAUUCUCAAAUUGAUGUGGCUAUUAAACAGUUGAAUCGUAAUGGUCACCAGGGGCAUAAGGAGUGGAUUAAUGAAGUGAAUUUAUUAGGGGUGAUUAAGCAUCCAAAUCUGGUGAGGUUGGUUGGUUAUUGUGCUGAAGAUGAUGAAAGAGGGAUACAAAGGCUUUUGGUUUAUGAGUUUAUGUCUAAUAAGAGCUUGGAAGAUCAUCUUCUGGCUCGUGUUCCUUCGUCGGUUCUUUCUUGGAUUACCAGAUUAAAGAUUGCUCAAGAUGCUGCUCGUGGUUUGGCUUACCUACAUGAAGAAAUGGAUUUUCAGCUAAUAUUUCGAGAUUUUAAAACAUCCAACAUCUUGCUGGAUGAGGACUUCAAUGCAAAGCUUUCAGAUUUUGGACUCGCUCGACAAGGACCAUCAGAAGGGUCUGGAUAUGUUUCAACAGCAGUUGUUGGAACCAUAGGAUAUGCUGCACCAGAGUAUGUUCAUACUGGUAAGCUGACUGCUAAGAGUGACGUCUGGAGCUUUGGCGUAGUUCUUUAUGAGCUUAUCACUGGGAGGAGAGCCGUAGAAAGAAACUUACCAAGAAACGAACAAAAGCUUUUGGAGUGGGUAAGAUCUUAUGUAUCUGAUUCUAAGAAGUUCCAUCAUAUUAUCGAUCCUCGGCUUGAGGGACAGGAUUGUACCAAAUCAGCUCAUAAACUUGCAAUCUUAGCAAAUAAGUGUCUAACGAAGCAGCCAAGGUCUCGCCCAAAAAUGAGUGAGGUGGUUGAGAUUCUCGACAACAUUAUCAACGAGAUUGUUCCUGUGGAUGAUUGCAUUUCCCAAACUGUUGCAGAAACUGGAGAAGGAAAAGAAGUAAAUUUAUCUGUCGAGGAUGCCGAGCGGGAACUAGCUAAACAGGGGAGUAAUUCUCGGAAGAAGGUUUUUGAAUUCAGAGACAUGGUCAGCUUAAGAAAUAAAUCCAUUGGAAGGUUUGAUUGGAAAAGUUGGGCACCUGGGCUUGUAAGAACUUGGUGA